UCCAUGAACGUAAAGACAGAAAUUGAUUUGUGCAGGUGGAAGGGCAGGAAAGAGGCUUUUUGUUGCUUCUGUCUUAGGGACCCCCUUUGCAGAAGGACAGCUGGGACAAUUGGGACACUCGGUCAUUAGCAGAGUAAGAAGGGCAUUUCACCAGGCACCUGGAAUGCUGCUAACUGUGUGGUUACAAAUGAAGAAAGGUGUGUAGAGUGUUACAUGGUUGGCUGCAUGGUUUGAGCAGGGGCUUGCCAUCAUUUCUCCCUUUGCUGUAAACUUUCUGGACCUUCAGGUAGGGCUGCAGUGCAAAUGUCUGAACUGGGUGCAUGCUGCAGGCUUUGGGCACUCAGCUCUGUGCUUUUAACCUCUGAGUCAGGAACAGGGAGAGGCUGAAAGAGAAGAUGUGACUCUUGCUACGAAUGCUGCUUUUGCUAGGUUGGUGUUGGAGCUCUGUUCAUAUGGGCAGAUUUUGGACACACACCUUUCCCAACUGCAGUGUUGGGAUACAAUUUGCUGUAUGCUGCCAUUGGAGACAGCUGUAAGGAAAGCAAAGUGGUACCCUGUAGCAAGGGGCAAGGAGCACGACUGUUGUGCUGUGGGGCUGGUUGGGGUUUCACUCCUCAGCAAGCUGGUGGGAAAGGGCUGGGAGCAGCAGCCAGCACCUGGCCAGGGUACCUCUGUGGGGAAUUGGUUGUUUUGCAGAAAUUUCAGCUCAUUCCAGGCCGGGGCAUGUCAUGGCAGAAAAUGUGAAGUUGUUAGAGCAUGGCUAACCUGUUUUUGUCUCUUUCGUUUUGUUCUCCUUUGCUUCAUGCUGGAUGUCUAAAAGGACAGUUGGAACCAAUAAAUGAGGGUCUGCUCGCUAGAAUCUCGGAUCUCUUGCUGUGCCGGUGGACUUGUAGAAAUUGUUGUCAGAAGUGUUUCGACUGUAGCUGUUGUCAAACAAAUGAAGAUGAAGUUGAAAUCCUGGGACCUUUUCCUGCUCAGACUCCAGCCUGGCUGAUAAGCAGCCAAAAUGAGGACAAAAAUGGAGACUCUGAUAAUACAAUCAGUGACCUGCCUCCCACUCAUCAGGAUGUUUCCCCUGACAGAAGGCGGUCGUCUUCAGAUACAUCACGGUCCACUUACAGCCUCACCAGGCGGAUUUCAAGUUUAGAGACAAGGAGGCCAAGUUCUCCAUUAAUUGACAUUAAACCUAUUGAGUUUGGAAUAAUAGGAGCCAAGAAAGAAAUAGUUCAGCCAACUAUCCUGCGGAAAACCUAUAGUCCAGAUGACUAUUUUAGAAAAUUUGAACCAAGACUGUACUCUCUUGACUCGAAUAGUGAUGAUAUGGACUCCUUGACAGAUGAGGAAAUCUUAUCCAAGUACCAGCUGGGCAUGCUGCACUUCAGCACUCAGUACGACCUGCUGCACAAUUACCUGAUAGUGCGAGUCAUUGAGGCUAAGGAUCUGCCUCCCCCCAUUUCGUACGACGGCUCAAGGCAAGAUAUGGCUCACUCCAACCCCUACGUGAAGAUCUGUCUGCUUCCAGACCAGAAGAACUCCAAACAGACUGGAGUUAAGCGCAAAACUCAGAACCCAGUGUUUGAAGAGAGGUACACAUUUGAAAUCCCAUUUUUAGAAGCCCAGAGAAGAACUCUGCUUUUAACUGUAGUGGAUUUUGACAAAUUCUCACGCCACUGUGUCAUUGGCAAAGUGUCAAUGCCCUUGAGUGAUGUAGACCUUGUGAAAGGUGGACACUGGUGGAAAUCCCUUGUUCCUAGUUCUCAGAAUGAAGUUGAGCUGGGGGAGCUGCUGUUGUCACUAAACUACCUGCCCAGCGCAGGAAGACUGAAUGUGGACAUCAUUAGAGCAAAACAGCUUCUUCAGACAGACAUGAGCCAAGGUUCAGAUCCCUUUGUGAAAAUUCAGCUUGUUCACGGAUUGAAGUUAACAAAAACCAAGAAAACCUCCUGCAUGCGGGGAACGAUAGAUCCCUUCUACAAUGAGUCCUUCAGCUUCAAGGUUCCCCAAGAAGAACUGGAAAAUGCCAGCUUGGUGUUCACAGUGUAUGGGCACAACGUGAAGAGCAGCAACGACUUCAUCGGGCGGAUCGUCAUCGGUCAGUACUCCACAGGUGCUCCCGAGUCCAACCACUGGCGCCGGAUGCUCAAUGCACACCGGACGGCUGUGGAGCAGUGGCACAGCCUGCGCUCACGGGAGGAGUGCGACCGCGUCUCCCCGGCAUCCCUGGAGGUGACAUGAGGUGUGGCACCUGUGGUGGCCAAACCAAACAGGCGGGCAAGGCAGGGAAAAAACUCCAACCUCCAAAUCACCCAACCUCACUCCCACCCCACAGCAGCUGCAUUGGACCGAAGCAGCUGCUGGCACCCACCUGGCUGCGUUGGCCUUUGUGCAAACCUCCGCAGCGCCAACCAUGUCCUGCCGCGUCCUGUGCCAGCAGCUCCUCGGUGGCACUGGCCGCCUGACUGGCCGGACCCAUUGCUCCCUGCGCCCGGCACCGCUCUGCUGUUUCAGUGACAGAGCAGCAGGUGGCAGGUGGAGGUGCCACAGGACAUGCCAAGAUGGGGAAGAGUUCUGAGUCGCGUCCACUCUCUUUACAAUCCAAAUCCAUGACUUGUCCUCUCGGAGAUAUGCGUACCUGUGUGCUCUCGUUGGUGAACAUCAUAAUUAGGAUAGGAUGUUUUUUUAAAUGGUAGAAGCUGUGGUGAAGUCGAUUCUGGCUCCAGUUUUGUCCUUGUAUUUGUUUCAACAGAAUUAAGCUCCUGUUAAUACGUGGCCGGCACACACAGUCCUUGCUGUGCGGGGCCGACGUGCUGCCAGCAGUGGGGCCUGCCACUCUCAUAGCAGUCUGUGUGCGUCCAAUAGAUACUGUGAUGAUAUAGCAAGUAAAUGUCUCCAGUAGCAUUUAUAUUUCUCAAUCCUUCCUGAUGUUGAGUAAAAGAAACCUGCUGUGGGUACUUCUGCAGUUAAGAAUGCCCCCAAUGCACAAUUUUACUUCCCUGAUAGACUGCAGUGACUCCUUCUGUGUUGUGUGUGUUUACCAAGGUAGUUUUCCAGGUCAGCACAUGAAUGUAGGUGUGGUCAAGCUGUCCUGUUGGUUGCUUCUGUACAUUAUUUUUUUUCUUCCACGGCAUAUUGUCUGGUAUAAUGCAGAUUGUAUAUUUAUUGAAAAUAAAAAUCUAUUUAAUUGUGCCACACACCCUGAGGUGGUAACUGUUAGCAGAA